AUGUCCAAGAUUACCGUCGCAGGAGUCCGUACCAAUGUCCAACAGCUCUUGGAGCAAUCCGAGAAGAAGAAGAGAAACUUCUUGGAGACUAUUGAGCUCCAAGUUGGCCUCAAGAACUACGACCCCCAAAGAGACAAGCGUUUCUCUGGUACCAUCAAGCUUCCUCAAGUCCCUCGUCCCAACAUGACCAUCUGUGUCUUUGGUGAUGCUGUCGACUGCGACCGUGCCAAAUCUGCCGGUGUUGAUGCCAUGUCUGUUGAUGACUUGAAGAAGCUCAACAAGAACAAGAAGCUCAUCAAGAAGCUUGCCAAGAAGUACAACGCUUUCGUUGCUUCUGAGGUUCUUAUCAAGCAAGUUCCCCGUCUCCUUGGUCCUCAACUUUCCAAGGCCGGUAAGUUCCCUACCCCUGUUUCCCACAACGAGGACCUCAGCGCCAAGAUCAACGAGGUCAAGUCCACCGUCAAGUUCCAAUUGAAGAAGGUCUUGUGUUUGGCUGUUGCCGUUGGUAACGUCGAGAUGGAGGAGGACGCUAUUGUCUCUCAAAUCAUGCUCGCUUCCAACUUCUUGGUCUCCUUGUUGAAGAAGCACUGGCAAAACGUCGGAUCCUUGGUCAUCAAGUCCUCCAUGGGUCCUCCUUUCAGAAUCUACUAA